AUGAAUAAAUUUAUAAUUUAUUUUUUCAUUUUAUUUAUUUUAAAUGUGAAUGAAACAUUUUCAUUAAAUGUAAAAUUAACAGAUUAUACAAGUACAUUUAAUAUUGUAAAUAAUAGAAUGAUAUCUGAAGCUAGUUCUUGCAGCAAUGAAUAUAUAAUUAGAGUUGAUAAAAGUGAUCCAAGUAUUUUAAUCACAGAAUGGGAAAAUGGUUUUUCAGCAACACAAGAACCAUAUUCUCAAGGGGUUGAUAAUAAUUUUUCAGAAUUAUAUAGAUUAAAGAUUUCAUGUUCAAUUGGAUUUAAUUCAACAAUUAUAAUUAAACCAACAUUUAAUGUUCCUCAAGUAACUGUAAAUCCAAUAUCUGUAUCAGUUAUUUGUAAAGUUGUACCAAGUAAUAUAGGUUAUGUUAAAACAUUAGCAAAUGGUUACCCUUAUAAAGGUUUUGCAGGAUAUUAUACAUAUUUAGCAAAAUUAAAUGGUAUUGAUCAACUUUUUCCAACUGUUAGGGUAGUUUUUCCACAAAAUAUUACUGCUUAUGGUUUCAGAAUACUUACAAGUAAUUCAUCAAGUAAUUUUAGAUAUUUAAAUAAUUAUUAUAUGUAUUUUUCACUUAUUUUAAAUGAUAAACAAGUAUCUAAUACCAUAGCAACUACAACAAUUCCAAUUUUUAAUCAAACUACUUAUUUUGAAUUUCCAAAUCAAUUAUAUCCAAAAAUACAAAGUAAUCCACCAACACCAAUUUCAAAUAAUACAUACCCAAUUGAUUGUAAUAAAAAUUUAAAUAUGAAAUAUUGGCACUGUUAUAAUAUAUAUGAAUAUUCAAUAGAUGAUUCAAAUAAAUAUCUUUUUCAAACAACACAAAUUUCACCAAACGCUGCUUUAACAUUAAAUUUUAAAGUUUUAAAUAAUGGAAAUACUGUUACCUAUUUAAAUGUUUUACCAUCAUCAUCAAUUUCAACUUUUAAUUAUGUUUUUACAUAUUAUGGUGAUAGAAUAACAACUAUUCAAGAAUUUAAUACUUCAUUUUAUAAAAAUGAAAUGAUACCAAAUAAUUUUGGAGGUAAAGUUAUUAAAGAUAUAAAUUAUUCAGGUAUUUCAUAUUUAUUUAGUUCACCAUAUUUAGGACCAAUUGUUUUAAUUAAUGAUCAAUUUUCAAGUAUAAGACAAUCAAUUAAUUAUCCAUUUGGAGUUUUUAAUGUUACAAAUAAUUUAAUUAAUUAUCAAUUUGAAAUGCCAACUCUUAGAUAUCUCCAACAAUCAAUUAGUUUAUCAGUUUAUUUUGGUUUAUCAAAUAAUGAUAUUUAUUUUGAUAAAGUUUUUACACCAACAGAUAGUGGUUUCACUGAUAAUCAAACACCAAUUUUAUAUUAUUAUGGUUAUGAAGAAAAAGGAUCAUCUUUUUCAAUUGUUGUUAGUGUUGGUGAUAAAGAUAGUGGUGUUGGUUCAAUAUCUGUAAAUUUAUGUUCAGUUGCAUGUAUUUAUCAAUUUUCUCCAAAUGAUUUAAUUCAAGGUACAAUUUAUAAUGGAACUUAUAGAAUUACAAUUCCAAAAGCAGUGAUUGGUGUUGCAUUUGCUGCUGUUAAACUCACAUUAAUUGAUAGAGUUGGUAAUUCAAAAUUAUUUCGACAAUAUGAUGUUUAUAAUAGUAAUUUGGAUAUUAUUACAAGUGUACCAUAUAUUCCACCAUUAAUUGGUAGUUUAGAUUUUAUUAAAGAUAUUUAUUUCAGUGAAAAUGAUUUAGAUGUUACAAAUUCCCCAAAAACUGUAAUAAUGUAUCUUAAAACUGAACCAGUAAUUCCAAAUUAUUCAUUUGCAUUGGCAACAAAUUUCCGUAUUGUUUAUCAAGCUCAAAAAGGUAAUGAUUAUUUCCGUGAUGAAACUGAUCAAGCAAUUAUUAGUAAAUUUAAUCCAAUUACAAAUUAUUCAGAGUUUACAAUUAAUAUACCUGCAAAUGUUUUCACUGGUCCAAUAUCAUAUAUGAUUUCACCAAUUCAAUUUGAUAAUGUACUUUUAUAUUCAGUUUUUAAUUCAAGUGCAGAACUAAGAGUUAAAUCUUCAACCUCUGAUAUUAUGCCACCAAUUAUUGAUUAUUAUUCAUAUUUAGCAAGUCCAGUCCAAAUUCCAACAACAGAAACAAUUAAUAUUACAUUUUCAUUUUAUAUAAUAGAUUCAAUUAAUGGUUUCGAUUAUGGUAUAAUUACUAUUAUUAGUGAUUUAGAUCCAUUGGGUUGGAAUUUCACUUUAAAUUCAAAAGGAGAUUCACUUAAACAUUUAAAUAUUCCAAUUACACCUAAUGAUAGAGCUCAAACUUAUCGUAUUGCCUAUGCUUGGUUAGUAGAUAAACAAGGUCAUAUUAGUGAAUAUCCAUCGGUUACAAAAGUUAAUCCAUUUAUGAAAGUCAAUUUAACUGCAUUAUCAAUAACUACAAUUGGUGGUAAACAAAAUUGUCAACCAAAUCCACCAAAUCUUAUUGAUUUCACUGUUUCACCAUUAAUAAAAACCAAUGAUGGACUUUUUAAAAGUAUAACAUUUAAUGUUAUAACAAGUUCUUUUUCCUAUGGUAUCUCUCAAAGACAUGAUCCAGUUGUUUAUUUAGCUUCAUCAAGUUUAUCAGUUAUUACAUCAAAUCAAACAAUGAAAUCAAUAAAUGAUGAUGGAUCCUAUAGUUAUUCAAUGAAUGCAAUGAUUCCAUUCUCUUUUGGUUAUCCAGAUGGUAUUACACUUUCAAUAUUUGGUGUAACUGAUAAUUGUUUAAAUGUAAUUGGUUUUAGUACUGAUAGUUUAAAAUCUUUAGGUAAAACCUAUUAUAUUAAUAAUACGAUCGAAGAGAAACCAGAAAUUCUAAACGCAAAUUAUAAUAAUGGUUUAAUUACAAUUAAUGGUUUUAGAAUGGGUUAUUUGACUUCAAAUUUAAUUAUUAAAUUUAUUACAAGUGGUUCAUCAUCAGUAACAAUUAAAAAUUUUAUUUCAUUCUCUGAUAGACAAAUUAUAACUGAUCAAAUUAAAAGUUUUGGUGUUGAAAAUAAAAUUGAAAUUGCAAUUCAAACAUCGGAUGGUUUAAUUUCAGAUUAUUAUCCUUUAACUAUUCCAGCCGAUGGUUCAAUAACUCCUAAUCCAACUAAUACACCAACUACUACACCAAAACAAUGUCCAGGUAUACCAAGUUGUGGUGGCCCAUCGAGAGGUACUUGUAAAUCUGAUUUUACAUGUCUUUGUAUUGCACCAAAUACAGGUUUAGAUUGUUUAUCAACAAGUUCUGGUUCAAAUGGUACAAUUGAUCCAAAUGCACCAAAUGUUAAUUUCAAUUAUGAAGGUGAAUAUAAAAGUUUAAUUGUAGUUUAUUCACUUAAAGAAAUUGAUUUCAAUGGUAAAUUAGUUAGAGAAUUUAUUUUCUCAAAUUGGAGUUUUAUUAAAACUGAUAAUGAUCAUUUUCAAUUUAAUACUUCAAUUAUUAGUGAUACUGUUAAUAAUUUGAAAACUAAUAUUAUUGUAAAAAUUGUAAGAUAUCAUGAAUAUAAAAUUAUAACAUUUGCAAAUUCAAAUAUUUCAAUUGAACCAAAUACUGUUAAAUAUAGUAUUGAUAUGGAUCAUUAUGAAUUUAAAUCAAAUUUAAAUACUUUACAACUAUUAAUUUCAGCAUCACUUGAAACUAGUAAAACUGAUGAUAUUUGCUCAUCUUCUCAAUUUGGUGAUAAUGGUGAUUCAAGUUUUAUUCAAGUUAAAAUUGAUAAUAUCAUUUUAUUAGGUAGAUUUUUAAAACGUUCAAUUAUUGAUGGUUUAAUUUCAACAAUAACUCAAAUACCAAUUAAUAUGUAUGAUAGUAAUAAUUCUAGUAAUUCAAAAUCAUUUAUUGCAAUGGAAAUUCCAAAUUAUAAAAGAGAAAUUAGUUUAGAUCCAAAUUUUAGUGUUUUAGUUGAUUCAAGAUCAACAAAUAGUGAUGAUCCAAAUUCAAUUUGUUCUUCAAAUAAAAAAGGUUUAACAACUCCACAAUUAGUUGGUAUUAUAAUUGGUGGUGCUUUCCUUUUUGUUAUUUUAGUAAUUUUACUUGGUAUCGUUUUAUAUAGACAUAGUACAACUUCAAGAUUAAUUUAUUAUAAAUUUUUUAAAAGAGGUUUUUCAAAAAAAAAUACACUUUAA